AUUUGCCUUGUUGCCCAAGGGAAGAGAAACAGAUCGCAGAGCAAAAUUGAAGGAAAGGAAGAAGAGGAGCAAGGAGAAGGAAAAUGGCUCGAUACGACCGUGCGAUCACCGUGUUUUCACCGGACGGCCACCUAUUCCAGGUGGAGUACGCCCUGGAAGCCGUCCGUAAGGGCAACGCCGCCGUCGGCGUCCGCGGCACCGACACCAUCGUCCUCGGCGUCGAAAAGAAGUCCACCGCUAAGCUCCAGGACUCUCGAACGGUCCGGAAGAUUGUUAACCUGGAUGAUCACAUUGCAUUGGCCUGUGCUGGGCUAAAAGCAGAUGCACGUGUGUUGAUAAAUAGAGCACGUAUUGAAUGUCAGAGCCAUAGGCUUACAGUCGAGGAUCCUGUCACUGUUGAAUAUAUUACUCGGUACAUUGCUGGUCUUCAGCAGAAGUACACCCAGAGCGGCGGUGUAAGACCAUUUGGCCUUUCAACUUUGAUCAUUGGCUUUGACCCCUACACAGGUGUUCCAUCACUUUAUCAGACAGACCCAUCGGGAACAUUUUCAGCAUGGAAAGCCAAUGCAACCGGGAGAAACUCAAAUUCAAUGCGGGAGUUCUUGGAAAAAAAUUAUAAAGAAACUUCUGGACAAGAAACUGUGAAAUUAGCAAUUCGGGCUUUGCUUGAAGUUGUUGAGAGUGGGGGAAAAAACAUAGAGAUUGCCGUGAUGACGAAAGAGCAUGGAUUGCGACAACUUGAAGAAGCUGAGAUCGAUGCCAUUGUUGCUGAGAUCGAAGCAGAGAAAGCAGCAGCUGAGGCUGCUAAGAAGGGCCCUCCCAAAGAAACCUAGUCCAGGCAUCAAUCAUACUCCACCAUGCUCUUACCAUUGUUGUUCAGACAUCCUCCUACUUCAUCAAGCAGCAUCUGAGUUUAGCCAGAA